AUGGCCUGUAGCGAUGCAAUGCUCUCGUGCUGCUCCUGCAAGCGUGCUUGGAGGACCGAAAUCGGUGUCUGCGAGCUGCUCAAGCUCGCCCGGCAUCCACUGAUGCAGCGCAGCCGCUACCCAUCCAGUGCCACCGAGACCAAGCUGAUGGCUGCCACCUUGAGCCAGCUGUAUUGGUCUGCCGGCAACGAGCUAUCGCCCUUCUUCUUUGCCCUGUACUCCUGUGAGGUCCUGGGUCUCCUCGACGCCACCACUGACUACCGCUGCAAGAUCAUCAAAUACCUCGACGACAUUGUACUGAUGGGUCCCGCGGAGGACGUGGCGGCCGACGUCGAGAUUGUCAAGGCUCGUGCAGAGUCUGCUGGCCUCCAUCUGCAGCCCAGUAAGAGCCGCUUCUACAUGCCUCACCAUCAUUCGGCUUCCAUCGCUGCUAUCAAGUCUGUCUUGCCAGAUGCCGUGCGCGAGACGGCCAACACGGGCAUGACGGUCUUGGGAACGCCGAUUGGCCGUCGCGAGUGGAUGAAGAAGCAGCUGAACGACAAGGCAAAGCACAUUACUGGCAAGCUCAAUGACCUCAAGACACCACCAAAGCUUUCGCUCCGUUCCGACGGACACGUGCUGGAGCAAAAUGACAUGCUGACGACCGGUGUCUCGCUUCAGGCCCUCCUCACGGCCAUGCAGUACGUGCCUAGCCUCAUCAACCACCUCUACACGCUGCCCCCAGGUCUCACGUCGGGCUUGUCCGAGCUCUUGAACCGUGCUUGCAAGGACACCUUUGUCAAAGCCUUUUUUGCCAAGGUAAACCUGUCUGCACCGGCUGGUGCUGAAGGUCAUGACGUUACGCUGGAACAGCUCCUUGAGGCUCGCCUCUUCACACGGGCCAACACCGGGGGCUUUGGCCUGCACGACUUGGUUGAGCGCGGUCCGGUGGCUUAUGUCUGCAACAUGGCCAAGCUGGCCACUCGCUACCCUCGGGUCUACGAUCGACUUUUGGAGGAUGAAUCGAGGGCUGCUGACUUUGAGGCCCACGUGCAGCGAGCCGGCUUCCAGAUGGCCACGGUCAAGGACGCGGCGACCCAGAUCAUUGCCCUCCGCUCCAAGGCGGCACUGGACGACCUGAUGGCCAAGUGCGCGCUGGACCUGCAGCAGGCAUAUCUGGCCUCACGCGAGUGGGGCGUUAGCACUGUCUUGACCAUGCGGGGUCGGGACAAGUUGCGUCGCUUGAGCGACACGACCUUUGCCAUUGCGGUCGUGUCCAUGAUGGGUUUUGGCCUCCAUGAACUCAUCAACAUCAAGCCGACGGACAAGUGCCCGCUCUGCAGCAGCAAGACACCUCAGCCGCGACUGACCCGCGAGCACCUGCUGACCUGCCGUCCCAUCAAGCGUCACAACGCCCUCCGCGACGAGAUGGGCCGCCUGCUCAGGUACGCCACCCUCUCCCAUGUCUGGGUGGAAAAGUCUGGCUACAACGCCAACGGUCAGAGCUGCCGCAUCGACCUGCACUGCCGCAACCCCUUUCCCGGCGGUGCCUUGGGCCCAGCUCUGCCCGACCUGGGCAUUGACGUAACUGUGCGCACAGCCCAACCCCCGACCACCUCGCAAGCCUGCAUCAAGGUGGGCGCUGCCCUUCGCCGAGCCGAAAAGGAGAAGCGCGAGUACUACACCGGUUUCAACCAUGGAAAAACUCUGAUCGUCCCUGCGGCGAUGACGACAACCGGUGGGUUCGCCUCCUCCUUUGUGGAUCUGCUUGGUCAGCUCGCCCGCUGCGCCGAGGCCCGUGGUGUGUACCAGCCGGGGCUGGAUGAGGCCUUUGUUCCUCGGUGGAAGGGUCGCUUUGCGGCGCUGGUCCAUCAGAUGAACGCUGACCACAUCCAGCGCCACUUUGGCGGUGUCUGCCUGCGCUCGUCCAUGUUGUUGUCUGCCCCCUCGACCGCACUGUCUACGAUUGACCUGCGCAAUAUGUUUCACGAUCGUCUCCGUUGGCUUGUGACGGGGCAACUAGGUCGGGUCGUGGACGCCAUGCGCAAGGCAGUCGCACGCAAGCAGAGCCGUCGAGGACAGCUGAACGCCGGCGCGGGCGCCCACCCGAACGACGCAGUCGACCAGAGCCUCAGGUCACUCGUCCGCGACCCGGACCUGGCGGACGAAGCCUGGGCAAACCACGUCACGAACCGUCUGAACCGAGGUCAGAUUGCCAAAGCAUUUGAUGCCGACAAGGCUCGUGCCGUGAUUGGUAAUUCUGAGGUUCAGGCCGUGCGCGACCUCUUGGUGCCGCCCGGGCUGACCCCGUACAUUGCUUCGACACCCGCCUCCACAUCUACACUGGCACCAGCCACGGCUGUGAGCUCCCCAACCGUGUCCUUCACCAAGGGUGAGCUCCCCAAGGCGUUGGCGGCCACCAAGGGUGUCACCGACCCCUAUGGUUGGUCUGGUGAGCUUCUUGCCUCCAUCUACCGCAUCAAGGAGCACUUCAGUCAAGUCUUGGGCCCACGCCAGGGUUCCACCAGCGACCCGACUGCUCCUUCUGAUGGAGACGCGCCUCAGGGCCCCACCACCGCCACUGGAGGUCCUCAGGUUGCCUUGAACAAGAUCUUUCACCACAUUGCCAACAACACCGUGCCCGAGUCGAUUCGACAUGCCCUUUGCUCCAUCAACUACACUAUCCUGGAGAAGGCCAAUGGCAAGUUUCGACCCGUGGGCACGGAUUCCAUCUUCAACAAGGUUGUCAACCGCGCUCUGCUCGAGCUAUUAGAGGCACAAUCUGAGACGGGGCCCCGCCUUGACCGCAAAGCCUGGGUCAAUCAUGUACUACGCGAGCACCCCUACGACGAGCAAGCCACUGAUCUGGUCAAGCAGGUGAUGGAGGCCAAAUUGGUCGCCCAGUGCAACAAGUUCAACACCGCUCCCGAUGUGGUGCCAAUCUGA